GACUUGUGAAAAAAGUAAGUAGUUUAAUCUUCUGUCUUGUCGAAUGCAGGCGCGCACAGCUGAUUAGAGUAAACAAAGUCACAAUGAUGCCACAUAUAUUAAACAGACUAGCCAGAACAAGUUGUUACCAAAAAGUGCCUAACAGAGAAUUCUUCUAUUGGUUAACUAUAAUAUUUAACAGGGUCGACUACGAAAGAAUACAGUCAGUUGGCCCAGACCGUGCGUGUGCCGAAUGGCUUCUGAAGAACGGUGCCAGUGUCAGAUGGAAAGGUUUCUCAGAGCACUUGAAAGAUUAUAAUAAAUUACCACCAGAAGAAAAUCGAUAUUACAUACAAGCGGUAGAUGCUACAGAUUCUGGAAUAACACAUGUAGGAUUUCCAUAUUUUGUUGGUUGCAGGUAUAUCGACGAGAUAAAACUCAUACGUUGUUUUUAUUUGUAUAAUGGUGCCUUGCCAUUAUUGUCAGAAGUGAAAGAUACUCUGACUGUUCUUGAGAUCAAAGAUUGUAAAAGCAUAACUGAUCAAGGAGUGCGUAGUUUAAAAAAUCUCAAAAAUCUGAAAACUUUGAAGCUUGCUGGUAUACCAUAUUUGGAGGAUAAAGCUUCACUUAGAAAAGAGCUUGCAGAAGCUUUGCCAAAUUGCACAAUAACAUUGGAAUAAAUUACAUGAAACAUCGAUAUUAAUAGUACUUGUACACAGUAAAUGUCCAGAUUUUAUCAUUAUUAAUUUUUUAACAUGUAUCAUAUAUUUUAUGAUUAAAACAUUAAUAUAACAUGUAUGUUUAUGAUAUAUAAAGAAAUAAAAAAU